AUGGCUUUAGCUGUUAAACGAUCAAUCUCUGAAAUAUCUUCAUUGUCGGAGCAGGUACCGAUUGUCCCACAUAUCCCCAGUCAUCGGCUGUACAAACGGAUUCGGCGUAAUGCAUGCAAAUCGAGCGGAACGCUUGCGUCCAUUCUGGGAUACGUUAAUAUGCUAGAAGAUGCGUCUAGUAACGAGGCACUUCAAGUUCUCCUCAAAAUUACAGACUCGAUACAUUUCGACGAAAGUGAAUUUCCUGAGGCAAUCCGUAAGCUCGUCGAACAUUUUCAACGCGAACCCGAGUCCGCGGUUCGGGUGAAAAUACUAUCACUGUUUGCGGAUCUAGCCACUGAAACCAGCAUCGACGCACAGCAGCUGAUUGAUGAGGUGAUCAAGCUGCUCAAGGCGGAGACCUCGGCCAAAGUCAUAUCGCAAGGCUUGAUCGUGCUGGAAAAGAUCGGCAAAUCCUUCAACCCGUCCGUGUCGUACAUUAACCAAAUGGUUUUCUUUGCCAAGGUAAAACUAUUCUCACCCAGCCAUAACGUCCAAAGACACGCCAUACUCCUGUUGGGUGUGUUUGUGCUUGUGUCCGACGCCGAAAAGGAGAGCCUCGAACUGAUUGGGAAGUAUACGGAUUCUUCUGAUGCACGCGUGCGAGCUCAAGCAUUCCGUUCCAUGCUGACUUUGGGUGAACGAGGUGUGCAACUUCCUCCGUCCCUGUAUUCGCGAGCCUGCGCGUCCCUUACAGACGAUUACGAGUGUGUACGGAGAGAGGCUUUGAAUAUGGUGUUCGAAUUGGGCGUGCGCCAUCCAGAGGAGUUGAUAAAGGUGCAAGACUCGGAACAGGAGGUUCGCAUGAUAGAUGAUGCGUUCGGGAAGGUGUGUUCGGCCAUUUGCGACCUUUCGAUGAACAUCCGUACAUUGGCUGCGGAACUUCUCGGUGGCAUGACGAUGGUGAGCGAUGAGUUUCUUCAUCAAACGCUGGACAAAAAGCUGAUGAGCAAUAUGCGCAAGAAAAGAAGCCUUCACGAACGUAGCGCUGCCCAUUUCGCGAGUGGCGAGUGGUCCAGUGGGAAGAAAUGGGCCGAUGACGCACCGAAAGAGAUCAUCAGUGCGGAUUCGGUUUCUCUCAUGGCAUCGGGAGCGUGUGGUGCGCUAGUUCAAGGAUUGGAAGAUGAGUUUCUAGAGGUACGAACCGCCUCAGUAAAUUCCAUGUGCAAGCUUGCCCUCAAAAACCCGCUGUUUGCGGUGACUUCCCUUGAUUUUUUGGUCGACAUGUUUAACGAUGAAAUCGAGGAGGUACGUCUGCGAGCCAUAUACAGUCUGACCUCAAUAUCCAGGCAUAUUAUUCUACGAGAAGAUCAACUUGAAACGAUGCUCAGUUCGUUGGAGGACUACUCCGUAGAAGUUCGUGAAGGUCUCCACCUGAUGUUGGGAGCAUGUAAAGUCUCCACGAAAGCCUGCCUUACGCUCGUUGUGCAGAAGGUAUUAGACGUGCUUUUGAAGUACCCGGAAGAUCGCCUAUCGACGUUCGGAUGCAUGCAGCGUGUUGGUCAGAAGCACCCAGAGAUCUGCAUGUCCAUCACCCCUCAGCUGCUACAGGAUCAUCCGUUUUUCGACAGUGCCGAGCGCGAUGUGGAGGAUCCGGCGUACGUUUGCGUGCUAAUCAUGCUGUUCAACGCGGCCCAGUAUCUUCCGGCCAUGCUAAGUUUGUUCCCCGAAACGACUAUUAAACAUUAUGCGUACCUUCGGGAUACGAUGCCUAACUUUGUGCCCCGCUUAGCUGUUGGAGGUGAUACGAAGGAGCUGAACCUCAUUGGAUCUACCGGUUCUAGGCAGUUCCUUGAGACACUGCUCAGUAACAUUCAGCGGGCCUACUCUGCUCCUCAAGCGCGGCAGGCGCUGUUGAAAGCGGCCCAGGACGACCUAGAUCGUUUGGCGGAGAUCGAUCCAACGUUUUCAGGAACGGCCAACUUCACGUCCGUAUUUUUCGGAGCACAGUUGCAGAUGGAGCAACUUCAACUGGCUGCAACGGGGCACUCGAUUAAGGCUCCUAUCAAGGAGUGCCUAAUGCUAUUGAUCAAGAAGUGCCUCAUGCUGCAGCAUUUUUUUUCGAACCUCACCAUCGAUGAUCAGCUGCUGGUGAAGCAGAUGUGCCUCCGGGCCAGUGCUCUUAAUCUGGUAUUGAUAGUGAAAGACCGGUCACAGAGCGCCCUCGGGCCAUGCCAACUGUUACUUCACAUUGCCAGCGAUGCGAGUAGUUUUCUGCAAGAGAACACGUUGCUCGUUGCCGACACGUUCACUAGCGCUAUUCUGAACAAGCUAGCAUCUGUGGGCGAUCCGAAACCGGGGCGGGUAUAUCGAGAAAUUCUACCGAUUGUACAAACGGCCGCCCCGAUUGUCAUACCACAGAUCAACACGAACAUAAAAAUGUGCAAGGCUCGCAUCAUCGAACCCACCGAAUCGUCCUACAGUGCCGAUAACGUCAUCAAGGUAACGGCCGGGCUCAUUGCAGCGGUUCCUUUCGUGGCGGAACUGGAGAAUCUUCAACAGACCCAACGACAGGAUUUGCGCCUGAAAAUCAAGUACCCUGAUCAGAACGUUCACAUUAUCGUACCGCGUAAACGGGACCUCAAAAAGGUUAUGACGGAGCAAGGUGAAAGUGAGUCACAGUGGCGACUUAGAACGAAAGUUCUGCUUUCUCAUGGCGUCUGGACGGAGGCAUCUACUGUGGAGAUCACUAUAUGUCUCUCAGUCAAGCCAAACAAUGAAUUAGAGCUAUGCAAACCGGUAAAGGUACAUUUUGCUCCAAAACCGGUUAAAAGAGGCUUAUAAAUUGUA